UUAUUAACUAUAAAGUUAGGUUUUAUAGUUUACGAGACCCGUUUAUAAUUUAUAUUUCUACGUUGAUUAUAUUAUUUAUAUAUUAAAAAAUUGUGUUAAAUAUGUCGAAAGUAACGAAAAGGAAGCAUGUAAUGAAUGAAGCUUUGUGGGACGAUUAUGAGUUGCCGAAAGCAAAUCAAAGUAUUGUCAAAGUUUUGAAAAGUAGAGGAAACAAUCUUCAUGAGGUCACUACUCCUUCCGGUGAAGAAUUUUUAGUAUCAAUGCCUACUAAGUUUCGAAAAAAUAUAUGGGUGAAACGUGGAAGCUACAUCCUAGUCGAACCAAUAACAGAGGGAGACAAAGUAAAAGCGGAAAUAGUAAAAAUUAUGAAGAAGGACUCUAUAAAAUAUUACAAAGAAAACAAUUUGUGGCCUAAAGCAUUUGAUGACAAUAGAAAACAAGAUGAGGCACUUAGUGAGGAUGAUUUGUUUGUAAACACAAAUAGGGUUCAGAUGACUCAGUAUUGCAGUGAAACAGACUCUAGUGACUCUAGUGACUCUGGUGAUGAUAGUGAUAGCUAUAGUGAGAUAGAAAAUAGUAGCAAAUAA